AUGGCUACCUCAUCGCGAAGUAAAAAUCCCUUAUGGAAUUAUUUUAAAGUGAGUGAUGAAGAUGUUGGCAAAGCCAUCUGCAUACUUUGCAAGAAGAUUUUGUCUAGAGGAAGUAAAGACGCACACAACAUGUCAACAACAAAUUUACAAAACCAUCUGAAAAAAGUACAUUACAAUAUACAUAGCAUGAUUCUUUCUCAGAAGAAAAUUAUUAACUACGAAUCUUUACCAAAUCCAAAUGAAAAGUCUAUAAAACAAUUUUGCACUACUCGAACAAUAUGCUCAGAUAGAACAAGCUCUGCUGAAUCAGUGCAAAUCAUUACCAGCACUGCCACAUAUAAAACGCAGGAAGCUCGCGUCUCACUGCGGGAGAUUUCGCAAAGAAAAGAAUUGUGGCAACUUGAUAAUCCUAAGGCUCAAGCUAUUACCAAGCUUAUUGGAGAAAUGAUAUGUUUAGAUAUGCAGCCAUACUGUAUUGUUGAAGAUAAAGGUUUUACCCAACUUUUAAAGAAUUUAGCUCCAAACUAUACAAUACCUAGUCGAAAGUAUUUCUCCACAAAAGUCAUUCCACUGAUGUAUGAAACCAUAAAAGCCAAAGUAAAAUAUGAGCUUGAUCAAGCAGAUUUACUAAGUUUAACUAGUGAUGGUUGGACCUGCCAGCACACAAUUCAAUCGUAUUACAGUUUAACAGCUAGAUUUGUAACGCAUGAGUUUACAGUUAAACAUGUCAUCUUACAAGUUACACACUUCCCUGAGUCGCACACAGGGCAAAAUAUAAGUAAAUUUAUAAAUGAAGCGCUACAAUCAUGGGAAAUUCCCCAUGAAAAAAUUCAUGCAGUUUUAACUGAUAAUGCAGCCAAUGCAAUGGCUGCCAUUAAAGAGUCAAAUUUAGGCGAUAAACAUCUUCCAUGUCUGAUACACACUUUACAACUUUGUAUUCAGAAAAAGAUUUUUAGAGAACAAAGAACAGCAAGUGAUACAAUAGCUGUUUUUCGAGCAUUAGCAGGACAUUUCCAUCACUCAUCUAGUGCUGUGGCUAAACUAAAAAAAAUUCAAAGUCAACUAAAAUUGCCAGAGCAUAACAUAAUUCAAGAUGUUUCCGCAAGAUGGAAUUCGACAUACUAUAUGCUUGAAAGGUUCAUUGAGCAGAAAAAAGCUAUUACAUUGUAUUACAUUACCAGAAAUCAAACAAAUGCAAAAAAUCCUACGGAAAAUCAAUGGCAACUUGCUGAAAUGCUUGUAUGCAUAUUAAAACACUUCGAAAGUACUACAAAAGACAUGAGUAAAGAAACGGCAUGUAUAUCAGAGAUUAUACCAUUUAUCUAUGCAAUGGAAAAGUUUCUAGACUACGCUUGUGACACGGCAACUGAAAUAAAAACUGUUGUUGAUGAACUUAAGAAAGAUUUUAACUGUCGUUUUCAAAAAUACAAGGAUAAUGUUGAUUUAAAAAUCGCGAUGAUGCUUGAUCCUUGUUUCAAGUUAAAGUUUGUUGAAGACAAGAAUCAUAAUAUGUUUAAAGAAAUACUCCAUUUAGAGUUCUACCGUUGUUGUUCCAAAUCUCAUUUAGAACAAGUAAAAGAAAUUGAAUUUGGUGUAGCAAGAGGUAGUGGAUCAGACUCAGAAGAAUCAUUAAGUUCAUUUUCAGAAUCUAAAAUUCAUGAGUCCGACUCAGAUUUUGAACUGUCAAAGAAAAAUGGUAAGAAAACAGAAUCUAUUUAUGAUUUUUAUAUUAUGGAAGGCUACUCAAAAGCUACAAUUAAAAGUUAUAUGAAUGGUUACAAUCAAAAUAGACCAUUGGAUCAAAAAGCUGGAUAUGGAAAAUGGCCUACUUUUAAUACACAAAACAACCACAUCAAAAUAAAGAAAAUGUUUAACCAUCAAAAAGCACAAAUGUAA